AUGAAUUCGCCCUCCCCGCGCUAUUCCCCAACACCGCCUGCACCCAACCUUGGUGAUUUCGGAACACUGUUGCAUUAUCUGGAGUCGGAAAAACAGAAAUGGCUAGCUAUAGAUCCUUCGGCUGACAUAUCGAGCUUAUUUCCCACAGCUUCCUCACACCCCCCUCAGCUACCACACUCUUCGUCCUCUGAAUACUCCUCAGAAGAGGAAAUGAUAGAACGAACAAUGAAAGCUGUACAGAAGAGGGUUAGAGUAUUGCUUCACCCUUCAGACGAUAUAAGUAGCGGUAACGAGAAAGAGAAAAGAGAAGGUGCGAAUGGAAAGAGGAAGAGAAAGAAGAAGAAGAAGAAGGGUGGGAAGAAGGAUGAGAAGGCUAUAGAAAACUCCACCGGAAACUCCACCGGAAACGGAAACCAGCAAGAUAAGCAGAAGAACAGAAAUAAAAAAGACAAGGAAAAGGAAAAGAAUGAAAACAAACGAAUUCUAAAAAAAGCGGAAAAAGGAAACGCACAGAGAAUUUCCAUUGCAGACAAAGAGGAAGCAAUCGAGAAAGAGGAAAAGAAAGAGAAUGAGGAAGCGAGCGAAGGAAACACGGAAGAGAAGGAUCAGAGUGGGAAAGAGAAUGAUGAGAGCGGGGAAGAGAAAAUGGAAAAACACAAAAAAGUCCAUUUUGAUUCUUCCCCGCCGCAAGUCGUCCACUUUACACCAACAUUUUCACAAGCAGUCAUCUCGUCUCCAAAACAAAAGCAGAAGCCUAAACCAGUAUUACCUACUCCACCUUCAGGAAAUGCAACACCGAUUCCUAUUCCAAUUCGAUUGUCGACAGAUCCCAUUCACGUAUUCAUCGAUAAUUCAAACAUUCUCAUGGGAUUCUAUUCUUAUUACCGCGGACAAAUUGCUAGGAAUUCUAAAUCACGAAAAGCAAACGGCAAUGCUGUCAACCCUAUUGAUAGUGUAAAUCCGGAAGCACAAAAUCAACCAAAGUUGUCCUACGAUGCCCUAUUCACAAUCCUCGAGCGCGGCCGCAAUGUAACGCGCAAGGUCCUCGUAGCCUCUAGUCCGCUUCAUCAGGACUUGACUGAAGCCCAGGCGGCUGGUUACGAAGUCUCCAUAUUAAAGCGGGUCAUGAAACCCAAUUCAGACGAGACGCAUGACGCUCGCCGUCGCGGACAGUAUACGCCUAUUGAGCGAGAGCAAUGUGUGGAUGAGUUGUUGCACUUGAAGAUUCUUCAAAGUUUAUUAGAAUAUCACCCACCCGCGACAUUGGUGCUGGCAUCGGGGGAUGGGAAUGACGGAGAGUAUUUCCAAGGUGGUUUUAGAAAAUGUAUCGUCAUGGCAUUGGACAGAGGCUGGAAGGUCGAGAUUAUCUCUUGGCAACAUCAAUUGAGUCAUAAUUUCUUGCAGCCAAAGUUUUUGCACAAGUGGAAGGGGUUGUAUCAUGUCGUGUUUUUGGAUUGGUUUGCUAAAGAGUUGGGAUGUGCUUACUGA